AUGGAAAUAAAGGCACUCAUUCACUGUGCUGAUUUUUCUGCCAAAAAACAUAAAGAUCAGAGACGAAGAGACCCUGAAAAGACUCCUUACAUAAACCACCCUAUAGGUGUAGCUCAUAUAUUAACAGAAGAAGCUGGUAUAACAGAUAUUAAUGUUAUUCAGGCUGCAUUACUACAUGAUACAGUUGAAGAUACUAAUACCACUAUAGAAGAAAUAAAAGAAGAAUUUGGUGAGGAAAUAGCAGGAAUAGUUGAUGAGCUUUCUGAUGAUAAAAAUUUACCAAAAGCCGAGAGAAAGAGAUUACAGAUUGUUCAUGCUCCAUCAGCAAGUCCCAAAGCUAAACUUGUGAAACUAGCUGAUAAACUAUAUAAUCUACGUGAUUUACAAAGGACCAAACCUGAAGGAUGGACAUCAGAGAGAGUGGAGGAAUAUUUUAUCUGGGCAGCCAAAGUCAUUGAUGGUUUACGUGGAACUAAUAAACAAAUGGAAGCCAGUUUAGAUGAACUAUUUAAAGCUAGAAAUAUUUCUAUUUAA